GUCCCUCUUUCUAUUUCCCCUCUUCUUCUUUCACUGCUUCGUUCUCACUCACCUUGCCAUUUGUGAAUCUUCCCAUCCCAUGAUUGUGCGCUACCUGGAAUCUUCCCGGCUGCUGGCUUUGAAAGUGUGCUCUUCAUAUUUAGUACAUGAUACACUCACUAAUGCUCAACUGUACCGCAAGUGCUCAGAAACUCAAUCUUUGUGGUCAUCUUGGUGUCCUUGUCUCGUGCAUGAAACUUCUUUAUUUCCAUCAGGAAUAUCAGGAUUUUGUGUCUGCAUUUUUUAGAGCAUUUUUCAAUCUUAAGUAACUUUUUUUACAUAUUUCAUAACCAGAAAUCUUGUUCCAGUCAAGAUUUUUGAUAGUUUAGUUAAAUCCAUUCCUUUACUUUACUUAUAUAAUAGAUGUUCAUAGUCUUCUGUAAUGUUUUUCAAAGAUCUUUUAUCUCAUGAUCUCAAGUCAGUAAAUUUAUUGAAAAAGUGUUAAUUUUUUUUUUUUGGGGGGGGUAUCAAAACUUCCAUAUUUAUUGGCAUUGGAAGUCAUUUUAUAGAAAACUCUUAUCUCUCUUUCUUCCUGCCACCUUGCUGAACUUAGAGAUUGGGAUAUGUGUAGGCUGUAUUGAUACAGCAACAGAUCAAAACAUUCAAUUUAGGAAGUGCUUGUCUGCUACCAUUGACAACUGUCUCAUUUUUAUUUCUGUAAUCAGAAUGGUCUCUAAGAUAUUGAGUUGGAUCAUAAAUUAUUUUAGCUUUGUCAGGGACACUGAGGUAAUUGUAUUUCUUUACCUUCAAUUCCUAUAUAUUAAGUAACCAUAGUUUAUAUUUACUGCACCUCUGAUCCUUUCCUUGGUAUAUUUUUUUAUCUAAUUUACUUUUUAAGUAUACUGUCAAUAUAAAUGAGACAGAGAAUGGAAGUUUAAAGCUAGGGUGAAUUUGAUAGAAAAGAAAUGUUCUCUUUGAAAUCACCUAAACUUACAUCAAAAUUAACUUCUCAGUGAAACAAUAUAACUUAAAUAUGAUUAGACACAUUUUGUAUGGCUUUACUUAUUGGUACAGGAGGGCAAAUGCAGGCACCCUUCAGUGUAUGCUGAAUCCUAUACAUACACCAACCAGUCAGCAAGCUAGCCACUCGAUGACGACGGUCUGGUGUGUUUAAGUAUGUGAGCACCACACACAUCUCUCUCAUUUCUGUCCUUACCACCUCUCGUUGAAGCAGUGGUUUCAGCAAAGGAGGAGAGAGGAGAUGGAAGAAAAUCAGGGGAAAAAGCUGCUGAAGUCUCUCAUGUUUGUUGAUCAUUAAGUACACAUAACAGCUGCUUUUUGAGACACUACAAGUUAUUUGUAGUUUGGAUAGAUUUAUGCAUUAGCACAAUACCGUGGAUUUGCUUAUGUGUUUUGUGAAUUGGAAGCUAGAAUAUCAGACAAGAUUAUGACCUUCAAUAAAAGCUAUUGUGCACCAUGAUAUCUGUUGUUGAAAAGAUAAUGGAGCAGGAUCAGCUGAAAACAGGAUCUAUUUACAUCAAGAAGUGUAUCUGAGUACAUUGACUUGCAUUUAUUUAUUGGUGGAAUUUUUUUUUCCCUUCUCAUUUGCGAGCACCAUCUGCAGCUUAGUGAGAAUAAUUCUGCAAUCUUGUAAAUUACCACGCCACUGCCUGGGAAAGAUGGCAGUCUAACGACUUGCAAUAAGUGGAUUCCCUAAUAUCGCAGGUGCAUUCCUUCUCUCUUACUUUCCCCACCCACUCACCCCUUCUGUAUCGCCCCGUCUACUGACCAAGAAAUCCAUCUCAUUUUUUCCUUUUCCUUCAAUGAUAUAGAGUGAACAGUGCUCCCAUGCAUUCCAAGCAUCAACAAGCCAACCAGCUUUAGCCACUCUUCAUAUCUCUCUACUUGUGUGUUUGGAGAAUCCUCAAAAUGGCAAUGUGAGGUACUACCAAGAUUUCUGGAAGAAACCCACUUUUUUGUCUUCCAUAUCGUGGUGUGAAUAUAUUUGUUCUACUGUACUUCAAGUUUCGGAAAGCCUUUAUUUUUUUAAUGCUCCCAUAUUUUUUCAGAGGGGGUUCAUCAUUGGAUUGCCUAGAGUUUGUCGAUAUUGAAUUCGUUUGAAGUUGUAUAAAUCAGAAAUUUCUCUCUUGCUCCUUAAGUCAUUGACAAAUUUUGCACCACUGCCAGCAGACUCUUCAUUAUUUCUCAUCUGAAUAAACCCAUAAUUGACAUUUAGUUGGAAUCAUUCAAUCUUGAUGUAAAAAAAACAAACUGACAAGAUGCCUGCUUGUAAAGGAACAUGGCCCUUCUCUCGGUCCUAUGCCUCCAUUGGCCAAACAGAUCAAAAGAGACAGAACUCAAAGAAAGAAAAGCCAAGCUGGAAGUACCGCCUCUUUCGGAACUCCUUACGUGGUCGGCAGAAAAAGGAGGAUGAUGAUAAGAUAUCCAAACCCCUUUUCGUGCCUUGUACGUCGGCCCUUGUGAUGGCGCUACAGGGUCAAGCUCAGGAUGUAGUGGAUAUCGUCAUGGUAGAUUCCAGAAAAACUCUCAAGGAUGUGUUAGAAGAAUUCAACGGGAAUGGAGUGUUAUCCAAAUACAAUCCAGAGCAGCCCAUCAACUAUGAAGGCUUCAAGCUCUUCAUGGAAACCUACCUUGAUGUGGAUAUGCCAGAAGACCUCUGUCGACAUCUCUUCCUUUCAUUUGUCAAGAAGACGCCAUCGGUUUCCAGGCAUACCAGUAGAGAAAAGGAGAAGGGCGCUAUAUACGACGUUGGCAGUGCUGUCGCGACCGUUACCACCACUGCGGCAUGUGCUGCCAUCACAGGGAGCAGCUCUCCGAUUGAAAUUGCUGGACCGACAAGUGGCGGCAACAACAAUACAGAAGGCAAUGAAAUGACCAAUGGAGAUGGACAGGAGUCUGGUGUCAUCACAAGAGGAAGCCCCACCCAAUCGCGAAGUUCAUCCAAGAAAUCCAAUGCCUCCAACGGAACCCCUUCAAGUCAUUCCAUGCGCACUGAUGCACUCAGGGUCGAACAAACCACUAAUGAACAUGGAGAUAAAAAAGGCAAAUCCAUGGAGAACAACAGGCGGAAAAAGACUGCACUCUUUACUGCCAUACGCAAGAGCAAAAGGAAUACCAAAGACACAGAAUCAUUAGGAGCAUUGACCUCGUCCCGAGGGUCACUCGCACAUCCAGAUGUCACCAAUCAGGUCGUCUACAUGAAAGAUAUUGUCUGCUACUUGUCAUUGCUAGAGGGCGGCAAACCAGAGGAUAAAUUAGAAUUCAUGUUCAGGUUAUACGAUACAGAUGACAAUGGUAUUCUUGACAGCAGUGAGCUAGAUUGUAUUGUAAACCAGAUGAUGCAUGUAGCUGAAUACUUAGGAUGGGAUGUCACUGAAUUAAGACCAAUCUUACAAGACAUGAUGAUAGAGAUUGAUUAUGAUUCAGAUGGGACUGUAUCACUAGAAGAGUGGAUCCGUGGCGGCAUGACAACCAUUCCUCUUCUUGUUCUUCUUGGCCUUGAAUCAAAUGUGAAAGAUGAUGGCAGCCAUGUAUGGAGGUUAAAACAUUACAACAAACCAGCCUAUUGUAAUCUCUGCCUCAACCUCCUAGUAGGGCUUGGAAAACAAGGUUUAUCAUGUACAUUCUGCAAAUACACCGUUCAUGAACGCUGUGUACAACGUGCCCCACCCUGUUGCAUUAGUACAUACGUCAAAUCAAAACGGACAACGAAUUAUCGUGGCAGCAUGCUGACAGAGCAACCAAAAAAUCUGUCACGCAAGGACGCCGAGGUUUGGGGAGAAGUUCCGAUCAUGAACCACCAUUGGGUAGAAGGUAACUGCCCUGGUAAAUGUGACCGGUGUAAGAAGUCAAUAAAGAGCUACAAUGGUGUAACUGGCCUUCACUGUAGAUGGUGCAAAUUAACGCUCCACAAUAAAUGUGCCUCCCAUGUCAAACCAGAAUGUAAUAUGGGAGAAUUCCGUGACCACAUUCUACCUCCAACGGCUAUCUGCCCAGCAGUUCUGGGAAGAGUCAAUUCCGUCAGAAAAUCAUUGCAUGGUAAACCACAACCUUCAACAGGUAUAGAGGAGAGGAGAAGCACGUUAACACCCAAAGAUAGUAAUGCUUCAGAAGACGUUUCAGAUGGAGGCCCUCAAAGAAGGGGUGUCUGCAGGACAGACUCAAUGUCAAUAGAAGGACAAGGGUUACAGGUGACACCUCUGCCUGGCUCUCAUCCCCUAGUAGUUUUUGUGAAUCCUAAGAGUGGUGGCAGGCAAGGAGAAAGGAUCAUGAGAAAAUUCCAGUAUCUUCUGAAUCCUAGACAAGUGUAUGAUCUGAGUAAAGGAGGGCCUAUGCCUGGGUUGAAAUUCUUCAAAGAUGUACCAAACUUCAGGGUUCUUUGUUGUGGAGGUGACGGUACUGUAGGAUGGGUAUUAGAUUGUAUAGAUAAGCUUUCAAUAGAUCCCAGACCAUCAGUAGCUAUUCUUCCUUUAGGUACAGGCAAUGAUCUAGCUAGGUGUCUCAACUGGGGUGGAGGUUAUGAUGGAGGUAGUCUACCCAAGAUUCUAAAGGACAUUGAGGUGUCUGAUGCAGUUGAAUUAGAUAGGUGGCAGAUAGAAUUUAGCACACAAGAUACAGGAGAACAAGGAGAUCCAGUUCCAUACAACAUCAUAAACAACUACUUUUCAAUAGGAGUGGAUGCAUCAAUCGCUCACAGAUUCCAUACAAUGAGAGAAAAGCAUCCAGAGAAAUUCAACAGUCGGAUGAAGAACAAGCUUUGGUAUUUUGAAUUUGGUACCUCAGAAACAUUUGCCUCAACAUGCAAGAACCUUCAUGAAGAUAUUGAUAUCAUGUGUGAUGGGGUAUCUUUGGACCUUGCACUGGGACCAUCACUAGAAGGUAUCGCCGUGCUGAACAUCCCCAGUAUCUACGGGGGUUCCAACCUGUGGGGAGACACACCCAGCAAGAAGAAACAACGGAAGCUAGAGAAGAAACUUUACAGGAACAGGGAUAGACAUGAUAGAGGUGGUGACAGCCAUUCCACUGUUGGUCUUACUCAGUCAAACAUUGACCUCAUGUUUGCAAGGCAGUCAAUAGGAGACAAGUUGCUUGAAGUCGUGGGCCUAGAGGGCUCACUUCAUGUAGGUCAAGUCAAGGCCGGUAUCAGGUCAUCGGGUCGAAGGUUGGGUCAAUGUCAGACUGUCACUAUCAGGACGAAAAAACGAGUGCCCAUGCAGAUUGAUGGAGAACCAUGGCUUCAACCUCCAUGCACGAUAUCAAUAACACACAAGAACAGCACACCUAUGCAGAAAGGACCUCCACCAAAGAAAAGUUUCUCUGGAAUCAGAAAACUGUUUGGCAAGGGGAGCAUCGAUGCAGAUGAGAGUAGUGACGUGCAUCUAUGAGACUAGAAAGAUGCAAGAGACACAUCAAGAUUGGAUCUUUAAGGGACGCGCUCCCGGCGUUCCCUCCAAUCUCUUCAAAUAUUGCCUUCCAUUCCUGAGUGCGAGAGAGAACAAGAGUGAAAAAAUGUGACAAGGUGUAAAGAUGUGUUCCACCCAAAUUGGAGAGAUGCAGAUUAAGUGGAGUUGAUCCUUUAUGACUAAUGGUACUGGUGGUGGUGGUGAUGGUGAUGAUGGUGAUGAUGAUGAUGAUGAUGAUGAUGAUGAUGAUGAUGAUGAUGAUGAUGAUGAUGAUGAUGAUGAUGAUGAUAAUGAUUGUAGAGUUUGAUAUAAAGGGCAAAUGUGGACUUCAGAGGUGGGUAGCAUAACAUAGACAAAGCAAGUGGGAUAGAAAGGCCAUCUGCAUUCCAUCCAAUGGUUCAGAGGUAUUCCACUCCGUUUUCUGAUGAGAGGCAAUUCUAAGCGAUUCGACACAACUCUUGAAUGUAUUCUAGAUGUUCAUAGACAGCGUUUGGUAUUACUUGUAAAGAAGAUAAUUUUAUGAGAUAUAGUCUGGGAUGAAAUAUAAUGAAGAACUAUUCAUUGUAUUAAAACAUUUUAUAUAUCUUUAAGAAGUGACAGAUAUUUGCAUCCACAAAUAUAUGUGCUGAUUGUACAUGUAAUUGGUGCUGUGGGGAUCUUAAAAAUCUAUGUAAACUCUCAGAAUAUUGUCAGAAUCGGAUGCAAACAGACUCUUUGAUUUGUCAGGAAUUCCACUAAGCCAAGGUAUUAAGUCUGGUGUGACAGAAAGAUAUUUCUAUCAUCAGAAAGGUGCAAUGAAAAGAAACAUAAAUGGUUUUCAAGUGUCAAUGAGAGUUCAUUCCAUACGCGAUAUGAUAUUUGAAUAAUUAACAAAAUUAGUCUUCUGCAACAGACUUUUAACAGUGUGAAGGAAGCUAUGUGCUCUGGUUCAAUCAUGCAUGUUGCUUCUUUUUUAUAUUUUGUUAUGUAAAAUCCUAUUUUUGUUUUGUGUGUAUAUUUUGUAUACAAUGUGCUUGCUGGAUGUCAAGACAUAUAUAGAGAAUAUUAUAUGUAUUACUGAAUAUCAAGUAAUUCAGGGGGAUUCCUUAUGCUUGAAUAGUGGUCAACUUAUUCUUACAAAGUUUAGUUUCAAGUGCAGGAUUUUUAUAAAUUGAAAUGAAAAGAUAACAAAUAAAAACAGAAUCAACAAAUUACCAUAUGAUGACUGGGCAUUAAGCAAUUAAAGCUGUCGUAAUGAAGCUACAUGUUCUGUUUAUAUGAAAAAAGAUAGAAGUUGUUGAAUAUUCUGAAAAAAAUAUGAAAAUUAAAAUGAUAAGAUUAUAAUGUUCAUGAAGCAUAAUAAUCGUAGUAUGUCAAUACAUACUUUUACACAACACUUUUGUAAUACUCCAUAAAUGUAUCUAAACAUUGUGAUCCAAAUAUAUCUUUAAGUUUUAAAGUUUUUCUAUUCUUACUUUUUUAGUUUUUUUGUGAUUUUAAAUCAAUUUGUCAGUUUAUAAGUGCUGAUUCUGAGUGAGUUUGACAGCCUUUUAUUUUGUUUCAAAUAUAUUUGAUAACAUUUGUAAUAAUCAAUGUAAUUUGUUCUUCUAAUGAUGUUUAUUAAAAUCUUUUGUUUGGUUUGCAGUGUGAAGUUAUGUGGGAUAUAUUAGUAUCACUUGUCUUUCCAUAUGUUUAUAUGUAGAUGUUUUCGACAAAGAUAUAUGUACAUUAUGUUUCCUUUAUACUUUUUAUCAGUUUCAUAUCAACACCAUAUUCUUGAGUCUGAUGCUUCACUUCUCAUCAAAAGCAGAAAUAUUAUGGAUGUCGGUGGAGGUUUGGAAGUCAUAUUAUUUAUAUAUAGAUUGAUUUGUACUCAAAUGUUUCUAUUUGGAAGAAAUCACCAUUGUAUUGUAAGUAUUUUGUUUUUAUUUGAAAUUAUGUUAAGUGAUUCUUUAAUCGUGUUCACCCACAUUACGAGAAUAAAUAUUUAUUUCUUGUUUCAUUUUAUUCAGGAAUAUCGAUUUAAAUAAUGAUGAUACCUUGGCUCUCUGAUUAAUUAUUGCUAUUGAAGCCUUUGUGUUUUCAAUGUUGAUAUUUUUGUCAGUUUGCAAAAAUAAAAAUGUUCCACUGUAUUGGCAAAGUUUUAUUUUACAAGCACAUACUGUAUUACCCUCAGUAUGUAUUUCUAAAAUAGACAUCCCACUCAAUCAAUUCUUAUGGGAAAAGGCCCUUUUGAUACUAUUAUCUUUUCUCACAUUUUGUUUAGAAUUCUUAGUAUAAUCUACAUCACAAAAUUACUGCUUUGAAAUGUAAUCAUAAUCAUCAUUUAUAAUCGUUGACAAAUAUAAAAAAAAAAAACAUUAUGAUGCGGAGAGUUGGUAUAUAAUUUUGUUUUCUUCUUAAGCUGGAUGUUAUAAUUGGUUACUGGUACUCUGAGCUUUCUGUAUGAUAUCAAUUUUUUUAUUUAAUGAUAUCAGUUGUAUUAGCUUUGUAGAUUCCAAAGCAUUUUAUCACAUUAUUUAACUAUUUGUCUGAGCUGGUUUCAGCAAUUGAAUUUUACCAAUAUAUUCGCAGCUAUAAAAGUGGUGUAUAUAAAAUAAGAAGCAUCUCUUUAUGUAGAUCAUAGUCCUGUGUUAUGAAACAUUUUGUAUUGUUUAACAUUUUUUUUUCAAAUUUUGAUGAAUAUGGCCUUGAAGAGAAAAUUUUAAGGGAAAUGCCAUUUAAGGUUAAGAUUACAUAUCAACAUGCUUACGUGGAGUAUAAACCACCUUGUAUAACUUUGCUUUUUUUAGCUACAAGAGAUUCAUGAUUUGUAUUGAUAUUUUGAAAACAUUUGAUUAUUUUUCUUUGUUGUGUAUAAUUUGUAUUGGGCUGUCAAGAUUUGAAAUCAGUGUCGCUUUUUAAAAAAGUUUUUCCCAACUGCCCCCACUUUCAGGAUAGUGAAUAAUUAUUUUGUUUUCUGCUAUUUUAGUAUGCUUAAGUUUAGCACAUUUUCUUUUUUUUUGCUCUUAUCAUUUUUCUUGUCAACUUUUACUCAUUCUUAUUCCCUAUCUCUCAAUACUUUGCUAGAUGGUCCAUUCAUUCCUCUCUCUCCUCUCUUUCUCAAUGUACCUCUCCUUUUUCUCUCUCUCUCUCUCUGCUUCUCACUCCCUCCUUUAUCAUUAAAUUUAGAAUCAUUUGUUUUAAGUUUAGAAACAAGAUGUCAUACCUCAUUUUGACUCAUUUGAAUGCACCAAUGUUUUAACAAAAGAAUAUUUAUGUUAUUGUUCUGUCUCAUUUUUUUAAAUUUUUUAAUAAUUGUGUUAUCCUUUUAAAAUUAGAUUAUAUGUAGUAGUUUUUUUUUCAAAUCACUGCCCACUUGUUCUUUGAAUUGAAGUGGUAUGUAAAUCAAACAUAAUUUAAGAAAGGGGUUUGGGUAAAAAAGAUAAAAUCUGUGUUUUUAUUGUAGUCUUCCUCUUUAAAAAAAAGUUUUUAAGAGUGUGGAGUAGAAACAAGGCACUUGACCUUUGUUUCAUGAGGCCCUGUCCACAUGAAUAGUAAUAUUGCCUCCAAUAAAAACCUUGGUAAAUACAAUGUGUUAGACAUUGUCAUAAACUUUACCAUGUAUCUGUUGAACUUCAUCCUAUAUUUCUGACAAUCUUUUUCCUAGAAAAGUCUUGAGAUUUGAAUGCAUUGUGACGUUACAAGCAGGUUUUUUUUUUAAGACUGGGUGUCAUUUACUGCCCAUUUUCAUGAUCUGAUUUGUACAGCAAGGUCUUGGCUAGAAUAAAAAAAAUGAAUAUUUUUAAGGGUAUUUUUAACCUGA